ACUAAAGAUCCAGAAACUGAAGAAUUUAUGAUGGUUAUGGAAUAUGCAAAAGAUGGAAAUUUGAGAAAUGUUCUUUCAAGUGAUUUUAACAAAAUUUUAUGGGUCACCAAAAUUAGAUAUUUAUACUUUUCAGCAAUGGAUCUUAAAAAUUUACAUGAAUUAGGAUAUUUUCAUAGAGAUUUUCAUAGUGGAAAUAUAUUAAAUAUUAGUGGAGCUUCUUAUAUAUCAGAUUUUGGAUUAUCCGGACAAUUAAAUGAACAAAACUUAGAUAAUAAAAUAUAUGGUGUAUUGCCAUAUAUUGCUCCAGAAGUUUUAAAUAGAGAACCAUAUACAUUAUCUUCUGACAUUUAUAGUUUUGGUGUAGUUAUGACUGAAUUAUCAUCUGGAAAACCUCCUUUUCAUAAAAGAAAACAUGACAUUAGUUUAGCAUUAAAAAUAUGUAAUGGACUCAGACCAGAAUUUGGAAAAGGAACUCCCGAAAUUUAUAAGAAAUUAGCUCAUAGAUGUAUGAAUGCUAAUCCAAAUCAAAGGCCAACAGCCAAUGAAUUAUAUAAAAUAUUAGAUAUAAUGAAAAAUAUGGAUAUAAAGGAGAAGAAGUUAAAGCUAUAUUUGAAGAAGCUGAUAAAGAAAUACCAAAUAUUUCAACCUCAUAUGAAAAGAAGCCUGAUGCCAUUUAUACUAGUAGAGCAUUUACAUUUAAAAAUUUGUCAAAACCCAUUAAUUCAUCUUUUAUUACUACUACAUAUCUUAAUGAAGAAGAUUGUCAAGAUUCUCAAUUAAUUGAC